ACCACCAAGAUGCGAUGGCUAGAGCGACCUCUGAGGGCCCUCAGCCGCUCGCACGCUUGAGGCGCGGGAGGCCGCCGGUGUCUUCUUCCUGCCGCCUCCUGCAGCUGCCGCCAUGGCCCUCUUGCCCGCGGGGCGGCUGGGCACCGCCAUCCGCUUUCUCUUGCGGCAGCAUCAGCCACGAGCCUGUGCUGUGAGGAUGCUGAAGGCUACAUGCUCUCAGCGAAGUGAAGCUCUGGCAAGCCCUCCCCUGGACAAUGCCCCCAAGGAGUACUCACCGAAGAUUCAGCAGCUAGUUCAGGAUAUUGCUAGCCUGACUCUGCUAGAGAUCUCUGACCUCAAUGAGCUGUUGAAGAAAACGUUGAAGAUCCAAGACAUGGGAUUUAUGCCAAUGGCAGGGAUGAUGCCAGCAGCACAACUAGCAGCCCCGGCAGCAGAGGAGGAGGAAGUCCCCAAGAAACAGGAGAAGGUCAUUUUUACUGUCAAGUUGACUGAGGUGAAGGCUGAAGACAAGGUGAAGCUUAUCAAGGAGGUGAAGAACUGUAUGCAAGGCAUCAACCUUGUCCAGGCAAAGAAGUUGGUAGAGUCUCUUCCUCAAGAGAUUAAGGCAAACGUCACUAAGGAUGAAGCUGAGAAGAUCAAAGCUGCUCUGGAGGCAGCAGGAGGGACUGUGGUUCUGGAGUAACUGGGUCAGUCUUGCUAUCAAAGGACUGCCGCAGAGCAGAAGCUAGCCUUCUGGUCCACGUCACCCACUCGUGGCUUUUUUUGCCUGCUGACUGGUGGGGGAUGCUGUGUGGUCCCAGGAAGCUGUGCCCCACCUUGUUUCCUCUGCAAUGGGGGUUUCGGCUGGGAUGGCCCAGGACGUGGUGAAUGUCUUUGGCACCAUAAGGUUAACUAUUUGUACCAGUGCUGAAAAGAACUGAGUUUAUAAAGAAUAUACACAAGGGAGAACACCUUGGAACAAGUAA